ACAAGAGUAGAAUUUAUGCCCCAUGCUGAUUAUAAAGUGGGCGAGGACCCCGAUGAGAUUGCGAUGGAAGAUGAAGUUGCUCAGGAAGUGAUCUGUAGCUCAGUUUGUGCUACGGUUGAAAAGUCUGAAGGUUGUUUCAUAGUCGCUAAACAGGUCCGAGAGGUUCCAACUGGUCUGGAAGAAAGUGAAAUGGAGAUUGAAGAGUGGUGUCCAUCCAAUAUGGCUCCCACUGAGAAACAUGACCUGAACGGACCUGAACUGGGCGGGUCCACUGAAAAAGGAUUGGACGCCAGAUUUGUCGACAGCACGGGUAUUGCUUCCAUUGAAAUACAUCAUGUGAAAGGUCACUGUGAAAACGACAAGCCCAUAACAGCUGUAUCAGGGAGUACAGAGCCUGCUGGAGGAGAUGCCAUCAAUGCUAAGCAGAACAGUGAACCUCUAGCACCACCUACUGUCCAGGAGAAGUGCAUGCAGUGUCUUUUAGACCAGAAUCACUGUGACACUUCUGUGACCUCUACUGUUGCUGAGCAGCAGGUCUGUAACCCCACCCUGACCCCUGCUCCUAGUGAGGCAUCUCAGGAGACUGGCUUAUCCGUUCCAUCGUCGCUUUACUCUAUGACGGACUCCCAACUCCAUAAAAUUGCGUUAAGGUGAGGGUUGUGACUUGCAUCAUGGCAGACCCUAACAGACCUGAACUCUAGCAGUGUAAAUACUGACUCGUUUGAACU